CUCUCAUCGGUCUCAACGGCGGCGGUAAGGAAGGCGCACCCUAUGAACCUUGGUAAACCCGACAAGUUUAAUCCGUUCAAGGCCCGCGCUUAGCAGGGCGGACAGCUUCAGCUGGAGCCGAACCUAAAUUCCUGAAACAACAGACCUGCGCGCCAAGCAGACCACGAACAACAACGGCGGCGCGCGCCAGGCGACAGGACUUGGCAAUCCAGUGGAAAGGAUGCAGAACCCUCUGGGAGGAGCGCCACCCGCCGCAGAGCCGCAUCGAAUCCCGGGCAAAUGCCGGAGACUUGGCCGUUACGGGGGCGUUGGGGCUGUGCAGGGCAGUCAAUCGGGUGUGUUGCAGGCGCCAAGGACGUCGCUGGCUGCUGCGCCGUUGUUCUUUUUUCCACCGUUUUUGCGCGCUGCUGGGAACCAUCUGUGGCUGUUGGGGGCCGGCCUCUACAGUCGCAUUCAGUGCCGCGAAACUCUACCCACCCUAAGCUCGCCCGGGGUAUGGGUAAGGAUGGUGGCUCUCGGCGCCGCAUCCGCGCUGCGGCGCUGGCCACUUCUGACGGUCCUGUCAGCCCGUUGGAUCGACUUUGGCCGCGAGCCUGCAGAAGUAGCACUCUAUCGGCCGGUCUCUUUCACCCUGGAGCUUGGAACUGGGCGGCGGGCGUUGGUGACAAAGUGCGACUCCGGAUAUCCGGCCACGCCCGCCAACCCCCCAGCAGCAAGCAGCCCAGCUCACAGUUGCCUACGCUGCCUGUGCGUGCCCACGCUUCACUACGCUGUGGGUGCGGUGCUGUGGAUACUGUGUUGUGCUGUGCCUGUGCGUCUCGGCCCUCGACAUGGCAUGCCGUCAUCCAUCUGAUGAACCUUCGUUCCCGCGUAUCGAUUGGGAGUGGAGAGGGCGAAGGGAAGGAAACAUGCUUGCUUAGCUGUCCCGGACCAGUACCAGCAGAAGCAGCAGCAAAAGCAACAGCAACGGCAGCCGGCUCGCCCAACGCCACCAUAUCCACCCCCACAGUCUGGCUUGCCUCCCUCGCCGCUCGCGUCUCCCCCAUCAAUACAAAGGAAAAAGAGGCCCCCAUGAGAUUCCCGCUCAGCGAUGGCCCGUCCUCUCUCUGGACCACGCCACACAGACCCAAGUCGAUGAAUAAGCCCCUGACGUCGCAACAUCAAGACACUGUGCCGCCGGUCCACCACUCGCUCGCCUACUUGAAGCCGCGCCCCCGGGGACGGGCACCUAGUCGCCUGUUGUCCUCUCGCACCGGCAACUCGACGUGCUGCCGCACCGAGAAGACGACCACGACGACGCCGACGACAACCACACAUCCGCCAUGACUCGCCGCAUCGAGGUCGAGGUCACUGACGCCCCCCAUCCCGACCCGGCCGCUGUCGAUGUCGGCCAGCUCGAGCAGGGUGAUGUCGGAGACGCCAAAGACGCAGAAUGGAGGCCCGGGAAGCAAGAGUGGGCCGUCAUGGGCACACUGGCCGUCAUCUCCUUGAUGGUGGCGCUCGACGCCACAAUCUUGGUGUCGGUGCUGCCGACACUCGCCCUCGACCUAGGCGGCACAUCUACAGACGCCUUCUGGGCCGGCACAUCAUACCUACUGACAUGCGCCGUGUGUCAGCCCUUCAUCGCGGCCCUGUCCGACAUCUUUGGCCGCAAGGAGAUGCUCUUCGUGUCGGUGCUCUUCUUCACCCUCGGUAC